ACGGUCAAACAAGAGCGAGACUUCACAUCGGAUCAUGAAUUACGCUCGGUUUCUGACAGCUGUCAGUGCAGCUAGAAAGCCCUCCGCCAUCAGGAUGCUGACUGAGCUGCAGCAGCGGUCUCCUCCGACUAUGAUCUCUUUGGCCGGAGGAGCUCCAAACCCCAACACCUUCCCCUUCCUGUCAGCCUCCUUCAGGCUGAAGGACGGACAGACGCUCAACUUCGACGAGGCGCUGAUGAAGAGGGCUCUGCAGUACUCUGCCUCUAACGGAAUCCCCGAGCUGCUGACGUGGAUGAAGAAACUGCAGAAGGACCUCCACAACCCUCCGAGCCCGAUGGACAUGUGUGUGACGACGGGGAGCCAGGAAGGGCUCUGCAAGGUGUUUGAGAUGCUGGUCAACCCUGGAGACAACGUCCUGCUGGAUGCUCCCACCUAUUCAGGCACAUUAGCAGCGCUCCGGCCUCUGGGUUGCAACUUAAUAAACGUCUCCAGCGAUCAGCACGGCAUGAUACCUGCGGCUCUGAAGGAGGUUUUGUCUCGCUGGGACCCCUCAGAGGUCCAAAAGCCCGGCAGCACCGCGCCCAAGAUCCUCUACACCAUCCCCAACGGAGGAAACCCCACCGGUGCCUCCAUGACGACACAGAGGAAGCAGGAAGUGUACGAGCUGGCCAGGCAGUACGACAUGCUGAUCAUCGAGGACGACCCGUACUACUUCCUGCAGUUUGACAAGCCGUGGGCUCCCUCCUUCCUCUCCAUGGAUGUUGACGGGAGGAUCCUCAGGACCGACUCCUUCUCUAAGAUCCUGUCCUCGGGUUUGAGAAUAGGCUUUGUGACGGGUCCCAAGCCUCUGGUGGACAGGGUGGUGCUGCACAUCCAGGCCUCCACCAUGCACACCAGCACCUUCACACAGCUCAUGGUGUCUCAGUUGCUGCACAGCUGGGGACAAGAUGGCUUCCUUCAACACAUAGACGGGGUGAUUGAGUUCUACAGGAAGCAACGCAAUGCCAUGAUCAGCUCUGCAGACAAGUGGCUCAAAGAUGUAGCAGAGUGGCACGCCCCAUCAGCAGGCAUGUUCCUGUGGAUCAAGCUAAAGGGCAUAGCCGAUACCCAGCAGCUCAUUAUGGAGAAAGCCUUGGAGAAAGAGGUGCUGCUGGUUCCCGGGGGGGUCUUCAUGAUCAACAGCAGUGACCCCUGCCCCUACGUUAGAGCUGCCUUUUCUCUCUCCACACCCGAGCAGAUCGACGAGGUACACACA